AUGGUAGGAAAAGACAAUAUGAUUCCAACUCCAGCAAAUAUUUUAUUUGAUAACAAAGGUAUAGUGACUUUGGCAAGAUGUGGUGAUAAAUGUUUAGCACAGUACGGCUGCUGUUCAUUUUUCUACAACAAGCUGACAAAAAGUUGUAUAACAGCCACUGGUGACAUCAGUGGUUUCAGUUCUAUGUCAGGUUACAAGCAGUAUACGAUCCUUGGCACAGAAAUACUUCAGGGAUCGUGUUUUGGAACUUCACAAUAUCUGAUAAGCACGGCUAGAAAAAGUUGGGAUACUGCACAGUCAUCCUGCGAUGCUCUAGGAGGGAAACUUGCGGAAAUUCAAAGUAAAGAAGAGAAUUAUUUCCUACAGAGCCUAUCCAAAAAUAUAGGAGACACAGUCUGGAUUGGAGGCUCAGAUCGAGAGAUCGAAGACACGUGGGCCUGGACAGAGAAUGGAGAUUUGUUAUCCUUUACAUUUUGGGGGGAGAAACAACCUAAUAAUUACCAUGAUCAGGACUGUCUUACCUUGUUCAAAGAAUUUGAUUUCUUGUGGGCUGAUGAAGAUUGUGACGGAAACUAUCACUACAUCUGCGAAAAAACAAUACAAUAGAAAGUUGAUAUUCCUUUUAGAUCUUUUUUUUUUUACAUUCUUGAUAGCAGCUCGGACAAAAACAAUGUACAUUAA